ACCAUCAAGCUCGCCGGCGGCCUGGAGAUGCCGGCGAACGGCCUCGGCACCUGCUGCCGCAAGACCGCCAAGGGCCCGCCCAUCGUCGCGGCGACGAAGGCGUACCUCGAGCUCGGCGGGCGGCUUUUAGAUACGGCCAUGGCCUACGGCAACCACGCGGACAUCGGCCGGGGCCUCCGCGAGAGCGGCGUGCCGCGCGACGAGGUCUGGAUCACGUCCAAGAUCAGCCCGUCGAGGGCGGCGAACUACAAGCAGUGCGCGAAGGCGACGGCGGACCUGCUCGAGGAGCUCGGCGUCGCCUUCGUGGACUUGUUAUUAAUCCACACGCCCAAGCUCGGCGAGGAGAAGACCGUCGAGCUCUGGCGGUGCCUCGUCGACGCGAAGGCGCGGGGCCAGGUCCGGGCCAUCGGCGUCUCCAACUUCAACGGCCCCGAGAUCGACGCGCUGGAGAAGGCGACGGGCGUACAGCCGGAGGUCAACCAGAUCCAGUACCACCCCUGGAGCUCCAAGGAGUGGCACGCGACCGUCGCGGCGCUCAAGGCGCGGGGCGUCGUCACGACGGCCUACAACUCGCUCGGCGGCUCGCGGUUCCCGGGGUCCCACGGCGACGCGCUGGCGACGCUCGCGGCGGCCCACGGCGCGACGGUGCCCCAGCUCCUGCUCCGGUGGGCGCUCCAGAAGGGCUGCGCGGUGAUCCCCGGCUCCUCGACGCCGGCGCACAUCGCCGAGAACCUCGCCGCGCCGGCCUUCGCGCUCUCCGCGGACGAGAUGCGGCGCAUCGAGGAC